CAAAGGCCUUCCAGGUCACCUGGGAAUCUGGGUCCAGAGGAACAGAUCUAGCCUGAAACAGAACCGAGUGGGGCCAGAACCGAGUCUGAGGGUCUUGGAGGCAGAGAGGGUGAGAGGUGGAGAUGGCCUCCUCGAGCCCGGAUGCCCCUUGUUCCUGCGACUGCUUUGUCUCUGUGCCCCCGGCCUCAGCCAUCCCGGCUGUGAUCUUUGCAAAGAACUCGGACCGCCCCCGAGAUGAAGUGCAGGAGGUGGUGUUUAUACCAGCAGGCACUCACACCCCUGGGAGCCGGCUCCAGUGCACCUACAUCGAGGUGGAACAGGUGUGGAAGACACAUGCUGUGAUUCUGAGCCGCCCUUCCUGGCUGUGGGGGGCUGAGAUGGGAGCCAAUGAACAUGGUGUCUGCAUUGGCAACGAAGCAGUGUGGACCAAGGAGCCUGUUGGGGAGGGGGAAGCCCUCCUGGGUAUGGAUCUACUCAGGCUGGCUUUGGAACGGAGCAGUACUGCCCAGGAGGCUGUGCACGUGAUUGCAGGCCUACUAGAACGCUACGGGCAGGGGGGCAGCUGCCGGGAGGAUCCUGUGCCAUUCUGCUAUCACAACACCUUCCUACUGGCUGACCGCACAGAGGCGUGGGUGCUGGAGACAGCUGGGAGGCUGUGGGCUGCCCAGCGGAUCCAGGGGGGUGCCCGAAACAUUUCUAACCAGCUGAGCAUUGGCACGGACAUCUCAGCAGAACACCCAGAGCUCCGAAGCCAUGCCAAGGCCCAGGGUUGGUGGACUGGACAGGGCACCUUUAACUUUGCAGAGGUCUUCUCCUUGGCCCAGCAGCCUGUGCGGAUGGAAGCUGCCAAGGCCCGCUUCCGGGCUGGGUGUGAGCUGCUGCAGCAACAGCAAGGAAGUAUCACGGCAGAGGUGAUGAUGGACAUCCUCAGGAACAAGGAGAGCGGCAUCUGCAUGGACUCCGGAGGCUUCCGCACCACGGCCAGCAUGGUGUCGGUCCUGCCCCAGGAUCCCACAAAGCCCUGUGUCCACUUCCUCACGGCCACACCAGACCCGUCCAGGUCGGUAUUCAAACCCCUCAUCUUUGAAGUGGGCGUGGCCCAGGCCCCCCAGGUGCUGUCUCCCACUUUUGGAGCCCAGGACCCUGUUCGGAUCCUCCCCCGAUUCCAGACUCGGGUGGAUCGUCGACACUUACUCUAUCGUGGACACCAGGCAGCCCUGGAGCUGAUGGAGGAUAAGCAGGUAGGAAAUACCUUUACCUUCUUGAUAAUCUAGGGCCUGGGGCUAGAGGAGACUGCAGAGCUGGGGGCAGGCGGGGCCUUCAGCUAGUCUUGGGUUUCUCCUGCCUGGAGGAGAGGGUGCACAUUCCUCGCCUCUGCCUUGCCUGGCAGGAUCAGAGGAAACAGAUCCAACAGAAGCAGCAGAGCCUGGAGCAGGAAGGCCUGCAGGUUCUCCGUGGACUCCUUGCUGGUGACCAGACCCUCCCUCCCCGGGGGCUGGGCAGCCUCUUCCAGGCCUUUGUGGAGAAGGAGCACCAGGCCUACACUUAAGCAUGUAGCACCUCUUGGCCCACUGGGUGCAGGA